AUGGACGGAAUCGGUAUGGCAGUUGGCUCAUUGAUGUGGAAUACGGUAACGUGCCUAGUCGGCUGGGCAGUGGCUCGGUUCGGCUUGUUUGGAUGUGCGCAGAAAAUCCCACACGAUAACAUCAUGAACAUCAUCGGUGUCGUUGUCGUUUGUAUUGGCGGUGGUUUUUUCGCAACCCUAAAACAUCACCCAGUGAAAGUUCGACCAGCUCCAUGGCAACUAUCUACAAUGAAGACGGACGAACUCGGUACUAAGAUUGAGCCUGAAGAGGAAACAGUAUCAACCACUAAGCGAAUCAUUGCUACGUUAUUGACGAUAUUUACUGGGGCUCUUUACGGCAAUAUGACGACACCGAUGUGUCAUCUGGUUAGAAAGACUGGUGCUGAUGAACAUCCACAAACUUAUACCACAUUCUUCUUUUCCUUUUCACUUGGAGCCCUUAUGAUGUCAUCAAUCAUUUUUAUGAUUUAUUCUCUGUAUAGACGAAAUAGACCAUUCAUCAAUCCUGAGAUAACAGCUCCGUCUUUGUUAGCAGGAUUAAUGUAUGGUACAGCAACGUUUCUAUUCUUCUUCACAAAUCAGCACCUUGACCCGGUAAAAUUAUAG